AUGGAACUCUCCAAUAAUAUUGAUAAUUUUAUGCAAAAAACUAGAGCUUCACUUAGGAACUUAGAGAUUCAAGUGGGUCAGUUGAGUAAGCAAGCAUCUGAGAGGCCUCCUAAUGCUCUUCCUAGUGACACAGUACCUAAUCCAAAGAAGGAAUGCAAGGCCAUCCAUCUGAGAAGUGGUAAGGUAACAGGUUCAGUGGAAAAGGUUAGUGACGAGCCAGUUGAAAAAGAAGCUACAGAGAAGAAAAAUGAAGAGGUAGAGCACACCCCCUAUAGACACCCAAACAACCCAUUUCUGGUUGAUCUUGAGAAGUAUUCGACGCUACCUAAGACUCUUGAGUACAAGCCUAAGUAUCUUAAGAAGGCUUCCAAGGACAAGCAAUUCUCCAUAUUUUUAGAAGUCUUUAGGAAGCUUCAGAUCGAUAUUCCUUUUACAGAGGCCCUUGAGCAGAUGCCUCUUUAUGCCAAGUUUAUAAAGGAAUUGUUGACUAACAAAAGGAAUUGGGAUCUAGGGAGCUUUUUUAUUCCUUACACCAUUGGAGACAUCACUAUUCAGAGAGCUUUAUGUGAUUUUGGAGCUAGCAUCAACUUCAUGCCCCUUUCUUUGAUGAGAAAGCUCCAGAUUGAUGAGGUAAAACCCACUCAGGAUAAAAAUGCCUCUAUUAUUCUUGGGAGACCCUUUUUAGCUAUAUGUAGAGCUCUUAUUGAUGGUCAGGAGGUUGCCCUAAAUGUGCUUGAGGCUUUGCAACACCCUAAUGAUUUUGAAGGCUGUAUGAGAGUUAAUUUGAUUGAGCCUCUGAUUAAAGAGGUAUUUGAAGCUGAAGUGCUUGAUGAUAUUCUGGACUCUCCUUCUGAGGAUGAUUUGCUUGAGAUUGAUGAUUCACUUCCUCAGAAGGAGAAGCCUCACAUGCCUAGUACUAAGGAAGGGCCUCCGAAGUUUGAGUUGAAACCCUUGCCUUCCUCCUUGAAGUAUGCCUUCCUGAGCAAAUAUGAUACGUAUCUGGUGAUUAUUAGCUCCUCUCUGAGACAUGACGAGGAGUAUGCGCUACUUCAAAUUACUGUAGACCCUCAAGAUCAGGAAAAUAUGGCAUUCACAUGUCCCUUUGGAGUAUUUGCUAACAGGAAGAUGCCGUUUAGACUCUGUAAUGCCCCAGUAACUUUUCAGAAGUGUAUGCUCUCUAUUUUCUCAAACAUGGUUGAAAAUUUCAUUGAGAUUUCAAGUAAAGGAAUUGAGGUUGAUAAAGCUAAGGUGGAGGUAAUCAAAAAAUUACCACCACCCACUAAUGUUAAGUUGGUCUAUGGUAAGGCCUGUCACUUGCCAGUGGAGUUGGAGCACAGGGAAUAUUGGGAAACAAAGUUCCUAAACUUUGAUGCCAAGGCUGCAGGAGAGAAGUGGCUGCUUCAACUGAAUGAGCUUGAUGAGUUUAGAAAUUCUGCUUAUGAGAAUGCCAAGCUCUACAAGGAAAAGACUAAGUUGUGA